AGAUUACGCUGGAGCUCAGUAAGUUCACAAGCACGGAGUUCGCUCGAUCCUUUCUCGCAAAAUAGCAAACGCGUAGAGCAAAACAACGCAUUAAUCACAGCCAAUCGAAGAAUUAAAUCGAACGUGUGCUCAGGUUGAUCAUCUACACAGAUUUCUAUCAACGUAACUUUUAUUGCGGAAAUUAUGCGUUGCGGUAAAAUAACAGACUGCCAGAACACAGAAGACAAGAAAAAUGAAUAUGGUGAAAUUGAAGCAAUCCAUGAACAAACCAAGAUCCAAUAUCCAAUCUUUCUACAAGGACAAGACCAUCUUCAUUACUGGCGCUUCUGGUUUCAUGGGCAAGGUCCUUGUAGAAAAGUUGCUGUAUAGCUGUUCUGAUCUCAACAAAAUCUACGUUUUAAUGCGAGCUAAGAGAGGUCACAGUUUCGACAGUCGGCUCGAAGAUAUAUUCAAAUUGCCUCUAUUUCAAAGAAUUCGAACUGAAAAACCUCAAAUUUUGAAGAAAGUGAUACCGUUUAACGGUGACAUUUGUUCGGAUAAUUUGGGUCUUACUAAUGAACAGCGUGAGCAUUUAAUAAAUGAGGUAAACGUGGUAUUCCAUUGCGCCGCGACUCUUCGAUUGGAGGCGAAAUUGAAAGAUGCUGUCGAAAUGAAUCUGAUAGGUACAAAAAGGGUACUGAACUUGGUAAAAGAAAUGAAGCAUCUACAGGCUUUCGUGCAUUUAAGUACAGCCUUCUGUCACGUCGACCAGAAAGAAUUAGGUGAACGUACCUAUGAUUCCCCUGAUGAUCCUCAUGAUAUCAUGAGACUCGUACAAUGGCUAGAUGAAGAUAGUAUCGAUCUUAUUACGCCCAAGUUACUACAGCCACAUCCAAAUACUUAUACAUAUACAAAACGUCUGGCUGAAACGUUAGUGGCCAACGAAUAUCCUAAUUUGCCUUGUUGCAUUGCUAGACCAUCGAUCGUGAUACCUUCUUACACGGAGCCGAUGCCAGGAUGGGUCGACAGUUUGAAUGGACCUAUAGGAUUACUUGUUGGUGCAGGUAAAGGUGUUAUCAGAUCGAUGCAUUGCAAUGGCAAUUAUACCGCCGAAGUUGUACCGGUUGAUUUCGCGAUUAACACUUUAAUCGUAAUUGCGUACAAAAUUGCUACUAGCCAAGAAAAUUUGGAAAAUAUACCCGUAAUCAAUAUAACGCAAAGCGAUAUAACACGUAUCACAUGGGGCGAAAUAUUGGAGAAAGGUAGAGAAAUUGUUUACGAAUAUCCUUUCGAGGGACAAGUUUGGUAUCCGGAUGGCGAUAUACGUAGCAAUAAAUAUGUGCAUAAUAUUUUCUUUUUCUUCCAAAUCAUUCCCGCGUAUUUUAUUGACUUUCUGAUGCUAUUAUUUCGACAAAAGAGAUUUAUGGUCAGAAUUCAGAACCGAAUUUUAACGGGCCUCGAAGUAUUGCAAUAUUUCACCACGAGACAAUGGAUAUUUUAUAAUAAAAAUCUAAUUGCUUUAUACAACGAAAUGUCAUCAAUAGAGAAAGAGAUGUUUCCACUUUUAAUUUAUGACGUUGAAAUAAUGAAGUACUUUAAACAUAUAAUCCUCGGUGCGCGUCAGUACUGCAUGAAAGAAGAUCUAUCCACUUUGCCGAAAGCCCGUCGGCAUCAAAAAAUGAUGUAUAUUAUCCACGUCACGACAAUAUACCUAUUUUACUUCGGAAUAUUAUAUUUUAUUUAUAACAAUGUUGAAAUGGUGAGGUUUUUCCUGGAUUAUGUUACCGAGAAGAUAAAAUCGCUACCGUUUAUAGGCGGAUUUUUAAAAAUGAUGCAUCUUUGAGAAUGUUUAUUCUUAAAACAAACGUUCUAUUGCAUUUGUGUUUAUUGCACUAUGCAUGUAUAUAUAUAAUAUAUAUAUGUACACGUAAUCGGAAUAUGACAAGAAGACGAGAAACGAUAGUCUCUUCAGCGUUCAUUGCCCGAUGUAUCUCUUAUGUAUUUAUAUUUUUGUACUGCUGAUAAUUACAUGUGACAUGGGGCGAAUAAAUUAUGGGGUUCAAAGAGAAUUUCAAUAUUGUUGGUAUAGAAAUCUUCCGGUGAUUGACAAUAUUAACUGUAAAUUUAAAAUGAAGACAAAGAUUGGAUUCUACGCGGGCGUUUAUAAAAAAAAAGAAGAGUGAAUUUUACUAAUUAGUUUUAAUUUUUUAAUACAAAUAUAAAUAAAUAUAACAUAUAUAUAUAUAUAUAUAUACAUAUAUAUACUUGCACACAUAUACAUGAAUACGUAUAUAACAUAAACACGUUUUAAAAAAACGUGUACACAAUUUUUUAUGAUACAUAUAAUUUUACUUACAAUAUUUUAUUAUGUUAUCCUCUUUCUCGAAACAUAUUUACUGAAAUAAAGAUCUUUAUGUAAAAAUAUACAAUAUGUAGAAAAAUAAAAAUAAAACAUGUGGUGUAAAGGA